UUAACCUUUUCUUCUAUGUUCACGCAGUUUUCUUUAAAACAACCAAACAUGUGGCAACGUCGUUCAGAGGACCAGGCGAGGGCCAGAUUGACUCUGCCCGUCAUCAGCAACAAGCAAAGUCUGGUGAACAGCAGCUCUCAGCUUCAGAGCAGCACCAUCCUGAAGCUGGAGGAUGAAAUAGUCUGUCUGGGUGAAGAUAUUUCUCAGAUCCCUUCUGCCGUUGGCAGCAGCAUGACUAAUCUCAGCCUUCGCCACAUGGAGGUCGGUCAGUGGCAGGCCCUCAUAUCUGAGAGCAUCGACCAAGUGGACCGAGAAAUCACCGCUGUGGAGCAGGUGAAAGACGUCACCGAGUCUUAUCUCCAGGAGAGACAGCUGUACUCUCAGCUCAUGGCCAACUGUGUGGGGAUCAGCAACAGUUUGAGCUUCGCCGGCCAACGGGAUUGUGUCUUCACCGAGCUGAAGAAAGAGGAGCAGAUGAUCGACGAGAUCAGAGAACUGCUGCAGAAUCACAUCUGGAUGCUGCUGAGCAAACUAAGCUCUCUGAAGAAUAUCCGUGCUCGGCUGCUGGCAGAUUUUCAGGACAAGCGUGAAGCCAUCAAGCUCACCACCAAAUGCAUCAGCCUUCAGCUGAACGCCCCGACCUCCCCGCUGCCCGCCACUCCGUACAAGCCCAAGCACGUGAGCUACAACGCCUGGCUGUGUCACUGCAAGGAGCUGAAGAUGGCAGCUGAUGACCUGAUUAGAGAAUCUUCUACCUUCAGAGGAAACCUGCGCUUCACUCUGACCAAUCUAAAAACUAGACAAGAGCGUCAGCGCCACAGCACGGCCAGCUGUAUGAGGAAGAGGAUCAACGAGCUGAGCAGGACCCAGGAAGCACUGAUCUGGAAGAGACACCAGAUCAGGAAUGAGAUUUCUGACCUGACGAAAGACAUGCAGAAAGUGGCCGGUCAGAUCAGGAAGUGUGAUUCCAGGAUGCUUCAGGACACCACCCGCCUGGAAAUCCUCGACCAGAGACCUGGAUUUGAGCUCUGCUUGGACCGCCCUUACAUCGGCCUCACACUGGAGAAACGUGACCUGGCCGCAAUGGCAGCCGGAUGUAGUUUAGUCCUGAAGAACUCUCAAAACAGCCUGGUGCUAGCAGAGCACCGCCUCAUGGCUCUGGAGAACAAAAUGGCCAAGAACGCUCAACACCUGCAGACACAGCAGAAGUGUCAGAGCCUGCACCAGAGUUUCCUGCCUCCUCGUGGCAGCACCGUGAUCCUCGCCAACAGGCCUCGACUCCACGGGGCCACCAGCAGCACCAGCCUCAGCACCUUCACACAGUAGAGUCCAUUAGCACUCUACUGCCACCCGGAGGCUUCUCCGUGUGCAUUUAAUAAAACACCUCCUAGCAUUAUAUUGGAUUGUUCAGAAUUACUAUGCACUUUUUUUUAUUAUUUUCAGGUGGGAAUUACAUGGAUUGAGUGAAAUAUUCCAAAUCUACACUACCAUUUAAAAGUUUGAGGUUUCUUAGAAAUGUCCUCAUUUUUGAAAGAGAAGCAUUUUUUUUCCAAUGAAAAUACCAUCAAAUUAAUCAGAAAUACAGACUGGACCAAAACCAGUAUUGUACAAAGAAUUAAGUAUAUAUUUUUCUAUUGCGUGUUUAAAUGGACGAGGGUGACUUUGGAUGAUAAGGAAGUCAGUUUAAUUUUAAAGCCAUGAUUAUUACUGGAUGAGUGAUAAAAUUACAACCAUGGGUAAUUACCAUCAAUAAAACUAGAAAAAGAAUUCAA